GCUUAAUAGAAUUUGGAAAUGUAACACUUCAGGUCAAACUUUGAGAUCAGUGACACAGAGUAGACACAUACAGAGCUGGAACUGGCCGUUGUAAACACUGCUGAAACUUACGUUUUCAUGUACCCACUUUUUUUCAGGCGACCGGAUCAACUGCGCGUGCUUGGCAAGUUCCGCGAACAGUUAAAGCGAGUCUCUAUCCAAUGAGAUACAUGCAUCUAGUAACUUGCUGAGCAUGCGCACAAAAAAAGUGGGCACACUAGUUAUAACUCUGUAUAUGUAUCUACUCUGUGUCAGUGACUCAGUGACCUCGUGAACAAUUAAAAUGAUGGCCGACUCAAAUGUAAAUUCAAGCCAGAUCAGUGAUUCAAGCCAACUAGAAGAAAACGAAGAAAGUAGAAAUUCUCUAAGAGCAAUCCAGUUACUACAAGAGGCUACAAGAUUACUUUCACCUCAACCAAACAGUCUAUCUAGCACUACGGUGAACCAGGUUAGCGAAACAUCAAACAGUCCUGCUCCAUGGCCUCUAUCCAAUUCUAGUCCAGCUCCAUCCAAUUCUAGUCCAGCUCCAGGGGCAAGGCAUGGAGAUAUUGUUGGUAAUUUACGAAGCUUGUUUUCCCCUUACGGCACAGAAAGAUUCAGAUCGCAGUCGUCUGCCUACCAGAUUGCACCAAAACGUACACGAAGAAAUGGUAGCAGUAACUCUAAUUAUUAUAAGGUGAAGGAGACUUGGACUCAUGAAUUUUUCUGCUUGGCCAAAUGUAAUCAAAAUCGUGUACCUCAAAGAAGCGAAAAAAACAUGUUACAGCAAUGUGGCCUGGGAAGGAAAAAGAUAUGUUUCAAUUCAAAUUCCAAUCCAGCAAAACUUAAUGAAAUGUUAUUAUCGCAUUUCCCAAAAUUAGCAAAUGGUGGGGGGUUUGAAAUUCUGAGAUCUGGUGGAGCUAAGGCCACAGACCUUGUCAUCAUUCAUCCACCGCCAAUAGGAUAUUCUGUGCCAUUUCUACGAGAUCUAUCGGGAUUGGGUCAAGCAUUGGCCUAUGUUAGGCCUUUGCAAAGGAACCUUGACUUGACAAUUCAGGCUAUUCAGCCCUCAAUGGUAAGUUAUCAAAAAUUUAAUGAAAACUAUGAAAUCUAAUAAACAAGUAUUAAUUUGAUCCAGUGUUUUAUAGUGAAGAACUGAAAAUGUUUCCUCGUGGGGAAGGGGGGGGGGGUUGUGUUUUUUUUAAAUAGUGUCUAGGGGUGUCAUGGAAUAUUUUUAUACUGUUCAAGGGGAUGACAUUAGGCAUUUUGUCAGUAAGUAAUAAAUCAGUCAUUAAUUAAUAAAUUAUCAACUCAGUAAGGGAUUGUGCAUAAUUAGAUUCCAAUAAAUUAGAUAAUUAGAGUUCAUCAAUUCAUUAAGCUAACAUUUAACUUUAUAAUGGUAACAUGUACAUGUUUUUCUGAGAAGUUAAAUCUGAUUAAUUGUGAUCAAAUUUAAAACGGAGUUAAAAAUGCAUUUUUUAUCUUCUGGGUUUUUUUGCAAAAUAUGUUUUAAUUUUUGGGUGGGUCUCAGCUAAAUUUGAGGUUUAAUUAUAAAUAGUCUUUAACUAUAAAAGUAAUUUGGAAUUAAAAUGCGACAUAAUAUUAUAAAAAAAUGUUCGAUUAUCUAGAUUGACAAAAGUGCUGUUAAUGCAACAGAGAAGGCACAAAUAAUUGAGUGUUUAAGCUGUGGAAAGGAAGUUCCAAUAAUUGAAUGGCAUGACCAUCAUUGUGCACUGCCAGCUUGUGAUGAGAAAUCUCCUGUGCCAUUGGGUGCUUGUACAACAGUAACUCCAGGAGUUGCUCCAACAGGAGCUAGUAAGAAUAUGCUGGUUGGUACUAAACAGCCUUCAACAGACAACAACAAAGAUCCCAACACAUAUGUAAUUGUCAUUAAUGUAAGUUUUCACUGAUGUAUGUAAAUGACAUGUUACAAGGAAGGAGUCAAAAUGUAAUAUAAAAUGAAUAGCCAAUCAGACCACAAUUAUCCAGUGGCGGAGCUAAGGGGGGCGACGCCCCCCCCCCCUCCCCCGAAUCCCCAAUCACCACAAAAACCAUUUUCUAAAAAAUGCAAAAUCCGUAGAGAAAUUGGGGGGGGGGGGUUACACAUUACAUGCUCGAAGCUGAAACUGAUUAAGUACAUCUCGACCGAGGAAAAAGACGAUAUACUAGAGGAACUAGAUUUGUAAAAUCUCAUUAAAGCAGUUGUAGAUACGGUUCCAAGAAGAAUAGAUUUAGUUUAGGUUUUUAACUGUUAAAUACAUGUAUACAUUAUCAUAGCAUGAAUAUUUCUUUGCAGACUUAUUCUUUAUCGUAUAAAAAAGCAACACAAUUUUGAGAAUGAGGAAAUGGUGUCUCUUAGAACCUAUAAUGAUUUAACUGCAACAUUUCUGAUCAAAAUCACAUUGGGAUUUUCUUCUCCCAGCAUCAUAGAGGGGAAAUAAGGUGACACUGAUCCCUCCUCCUGUUUUUCAAGGUGACUUUUCCAAUUUAUUUAAUUCCGAGUAGAAAUGUCUGGGAAAAUUCAUGUCUUCGAUGUACUUUAUAAUCUUCUGAAUUCUGCUAGAUUUCAUCCCAAAAGUGCUUGAAAUCGCAUUUCAGGGACCCUAGAUUUCAAAAAAUUUUCUGAGGGUGCAUGCCCCCGGACGCCCCUAGGCAUUCUCACGCUUUCGGCGUGAGGUUCGCCCCCCAAAAAAAUGAAAGUCUGGCUACGCCACUGCAAUUAUCCUAUAAUUAUGAUAAUAUAUGCCUGCAAUUUAGGAUUCCAUAUGAUAAUUAACUUUUAAUUGGCUAUUAUAUAAUGUAAUAUAUUAAAAACACGAACACUGAUUUACAUAUUUCAUUUAAGGAUGAUGAUGUGACUAAGCUUUCAACAAUUUUCCCCAAAGUUAGUCAGACAAUGAUUGGCAGUGUUUUAAAAACUUUCAAAGGAAAUGCUGAAAUGGCAGCCUCACAGCUUGCUGAUUUAAGUGAUGGUAAUUAUAUCUAGUUAAAAUGAAUUAGGUAGUAGGGUACUUUUGUAUAUAUUUUACACAAUGUAAGGGAAUAAAUCACACCUUGAAUUAGUACACAGUUAGGUAAUAGAUAGAUUUUUUUAAUAUUAUGGUCAAGAUAUAUCAAACAUGAAUAUAUGACAUAUAUAAAUGCAUUAUAAAACUUAAUUGCAUAUUUGUUGUUAAAAUUGUUCCAGGAAACUUAAAAAGACAGUUAAGACAACUUGAAAAGACAGUUAAGACAACAAAAGCUAAUGAGCAUGCUGAAGCUGUGCUUAUAAAUGUUUGUUGACUCUGACAUAAAUGGAAUAAGGGGUAAUUGUUGCCCAUCGUUAAGAUAUGUGUGUCUUAAGUUGAUGUGACUAUAAAUUACAUGCUGUAUCACUGAUUAUAUUGUGUCAAAAUUAUUGGACAAAUUCUAAACGUUUCUAUGUAAAUAUAAACAUUCCGGGUGUACGAACAACUAAAUCAGUUUAGAUUUAGGCUUUAUAUAAUGAUCAAGGCUUUCGUUUGUUCUUAUGCUGAGAAAGUACUUACUGUACAAUAUGUUUAGCAUAUGAGAUGAGGUAUUAAUUGGGACAAAAGUCUUGUUCCACAUUCCAAUCGUAUACAUUGUCUUGCAGCAAGUUAGGCCAAUGAAAAUUGAUAUCAUGUUUCUCGUCCACAAUUAGGUUAUUUAUGUAUUUCACUGCCGUUAAUUAAUAUAGCAGUGAACAUUCUACCCAGUAGCUCUCUAAAUUCUAAAGAGUGUCUUCAUAAUUAUUCACAAUAAAUUCAUUCACAGAAACUUAUGGUGAAAGUGUCGAAGAGUAUUUGUUCAAGAAUAUCAAAGAAGGACAGGAGCAGUCAAUUGUAAUCAGUCGAAAAUCAACUUGCAUUCUUGCGGACCUGAUUAAACUACAUAAACGAGGUUUGGACAUACAACUUAUACCAGACGUAGAGUUCAUUGGCGAGCCUGGCGUAGAUGCUUCUGGACUAACACGAGAAUUUUUUCAUCUAUCAAUGACGGCGUUAGCCACCGGAGACCGGCGUAUUACCCUUUUUGAAGGUGAAAGAAAUCAUCUUCUUCCUUUGCACUCCACAGAUGCCUUGGAGUCAAAUCUUUACUUCUAUGUUGGAAGGAUGAUAGCGCAUACAUUUCUGCACAAAGGUUACCCUUUCGUGGCACAAGCAGUUGUUCAGUAUAUUUGUUCACAAAGUAUUGAAGAGUCUAUUCCGCUUAUUUCUAUAAAGGAUGUUCCUGAUCUUACUAUUCGGCAAGAUAUUGAAAAGGUAAAGUAUGUAACUGUAUUCCAAAUGGAUAUAUGCAGCAUAAUAUAGGACCGUUCCACCAGAAAAAAAAUGCACGAGGAGAAGUGUCUUGAUAUAGGACACCAUUUUACCUAGUAUAUUUUCAACUAUAAUUAGCAUAAUUCAAAUUGGAAAAUCAGUGGUGUUUAUGUUUUGGAAAGGAAGGGCCUCUUGCAGUUAAACAACCAUAUCCAGAUGUACAGUAGAUGCAAGACGGCCAUUUUGCAAUUCCAUGACUAUCAAUUUGUAUUCAGUAUUUUUUCUUAGAUAAUGAAUGCAAAAAGCGACGAACUGUUGGAUGUGAAUGCUUGUGACAAAAUCAUUACACUUCUCAGUACGAGUGGUUUUGCGAAUAAAGUUUUAACUACAGAAAACCGAGAAAAAGCAGUUCAAGAUAUCCUUAUCUACCAUGUGCUUCGAAUACGACGGGCUGAGAUUGAUGAGAUCCGCAGGGGUUUGGAUUCCGUCGGGUUAACAUCGUUUCUUAAAUGUAAUUCAUCGUUAGUAUCAAGGGCAUUUGCACAAUCAGAUCAAGUAGUUGUUAAAGCAGAUCAGCUUAUAAAUAGAAUCAUUGUUGAAUUAAAGGUGGCCGACCUCAACAACAGCCAAAAGCAGGCGAUAGAUUGGUUCAAAGACUUUAUUAGCCAACUUCCAGCUGAGACCGAUGUUGGUAAAGUAUUUAAUACCUGUAUAUUUGCCUUAUUCAUGCAUAUACCCGGUGUCCCAAAAGAGUUGCACAAUUGUGAUUUUGUGCCCUAAACCAGGACAUGCGCCAAUAACACCAGUAUGUAUAGCAAUAAGUUUAUUUUAUUAUUAUCGUGUAAACAAAUUUCCAUGACGGAAAACAGGUUAUAUACCUGCACUGAACAAAUUCAGGUUUCAUAUAUAGAUGUGCUUUUAUGCACAGUUCAUAUGAAAAUUGUGCAUAUGGUGAUAUGUAUUCGGUACAAUCAUAGGCUGUCCAGCAAACGCUACGUCACUCAUAAUGUAUGUAUAAUAGGAUAACCCAUUGGGUACUCUCUAACUUUGACAUUUGUACAGUAGUUACCAUAAUUUGAUUUGAUAUAUUUAAAUAAAUUAUAUCCUUUUUAGAUGAUAAGUACAAGCCGACUUUAGAGAAGCUGACUCAGUUUGCUUAUGCUGAUCCGUUACCACCUACUAGAAUGCUUACUGUUAAGUUUAGAAGAGACGAUAAAGAGCUUCCUGACGCUGAUGCGUGUGCCGCAACAAUCCAACUUCCAACAUGUCAUGCCACAUUUGAAGCAUUUAAAAAAGCGUUUGAUUGUACACUUAGUGCUCAAGCAACGGGUUUUGGACGGAUGUGA